AUGUUUACGUCCGAAUUUCAGGAAAAAGAGAAGAAAGAAAUUUCCCUUCCCGGCAAAAAGGCUAACGAAGUGAAGGAGUUGCUUCAGGUUAUUUACCCUACUGUAGAAAGGAAGCCACCCGAUGAAAUAAAAGACGAAAAUUGUCACUACCUCUUAAGCCUCGCACAUGAAUAUCAAAUGGCAGCCAUUACUCAGAGAUGUGAAGACUUCAUUGUCAAAAUAAUGAAGGAAUCGUUUUCAGUGAAGAAGGAUCCGGAUAUCAUUGCAGAGCUGGUAUUUGCACAGACGUACAACUUAAAGAAGCUAAAGCAGGCAAGCAUUGAACUGGCUCAAAGUCUUGCUCUUCCAGAGUUGAAAAAGCAAAAAGGUUACGAUGAAAUCCGUUCAGAGAAUCUUCAGGAAAUUAUGGAAAGAAUGAUAACACGGCUACAGAGUCAAUUGACUGACACUCAGACUAAAUUAAGUGAAGCUAAGCGGUCUCUAUCUUAUUUCCAACUGCGAUAAAAGACCUCAUCAGAUUACUGGUUGGACUGGAGGAAAAUAUUGCACAGGGGCACACAGCGUCAAUUUUUGGAAAAUAUUUGUUCUGUAGACGAUUUGAGAUCUAGAAUUUUCGGAACAUUUUUGUGUAAAAUUUCUUGCUUGCCUGCCUCUCCAAGGAUUUUCGAACAUCUAAAAAAUUGGUAUAAUUGGCCAUUUUUAACGGAUUUUUACCCUAAAAAGAUCAUCUAAGUAGUCUAGUGUGUUGAAAAUUAAGCCUCAUUGGUGGAUUCCCUUUGGAUUCCCUCGCAAAAAGUGGAUUUCCUUCAUUACAUAAUAUGCAGGAUUCCCUCCUUACGUAGUAAGUGUCUUCCUCCAUAUCUAAUUAUGUGGAUAGUCGUUUCUUUUCUUUUGAAAGAACACAAUAGGAACAAUAGGCUUGCCUAGACUUGUCCGGUAAGUAACUUGAGCCCGGUUUACCGGAAUGUCUAUUACACCUAGCAACGCGAGAAACGGCUUACUAUAUCUUAUUUAGCGUUUGAAAAAAAUCGGAUACAUCAACAGAACACAUACACAAAGUGGUGCUGAAAAGUCUUUAUUUCAAUUUUGUCUGACAAUUACAGAUCUAGAACCGUUUUUUCCUGUCUAUCUCGAGGACAUGAAAAACGAUUAAAGUCUUGUCAUUUUCACGCACUGUUAGUCAGUUAAUUGUGCGACUUCACAAGCCCAAAGUUGAAUACAAAUUAAUUCAUCUCUACAGCUAAACCCAAGGGAGCACCUUGACGUAAAAUCUAAACAAUUUUCUUUACGCAGUUUUCAAUGGAAUCAAACCACUAUGAGAUGAAGCCGCGUUUCCAAAGCUUAUCAUUUUCUUAAAGAAUUAGCUAAUUGUGUGGAUAGCAUGCUAUUUCACUGUUUUUAUGAUGCUUAAAACUUCGUUUCAAAAUAUUUCGAAAACGCUCUCAUAGAAUUUUUUCAAACUUUGACGUAAUUGAGGCAAUUAUGUCAGGUACAAACUCCCUUAAGCGAUUUCUUAAAAAAACCCUUGGUACAGAGAAUGACAAAGAUAAAUAAAAAACGUAAUGGCGUCGUUACGUUGCCAUGGCGACUCCGAUUGCAAUAAAAUCCAGAUCAUAAGAAAUUUUCAUCUUUAUAUAAUACAGUUGUGGUAACCUUUUUCCCAUAUCUUUACUCAUGGCAACGUAUUUAAUGCUCAAACUUGGGAGGUAUCCCCCCCAAAAAAUCCAGUCGAGCCACCUUAGCAAGGAUCAAUUAAAACACGCGACUAAUAAUUGCUAGCAAUAAAACCACAAGAGAGAUACCGUUUUAAAAACUUUAUUGAAAACCAAUAACGAAAAGAGUCAAAUACACAGCGAUUUGAAAGGGAAAGAACGAAAAUUAAUCCUUUGACUGACCAUUAAAAAUCCGUUUUUUGCAUUCUAUCUCGAGGAGUAAUAUAUAAUCCUUCCGUGUCUACACAAUUUCCCUAUGGACUCUAAGCCAAGAGUUCGACUUUCUUUGUUUCUCGCGCUUUGUCUUGUUCUUUGUAGUCGAUCUUUUAGCUUCAUUUCUCUGUGAUCUGGACAGUUCGUACACCGUUUCUUGUGUCUGUACUAGACUGCGAUAGUGUUUUUUUCCGGAAUUAUCCGCUUCACUUUCGUAAACGACGACCUCAACUGUAGGUUGCAGUUUCGCCUCUUGUAAAUACUGUCUUCACUGUAUGUGGUCUAACUGAUGAACAUCCGCGAGAUGGUUAGCUAAUCUGACAAGGUACUUCGCCCCUCAAGAUGAAAUCGGACAGUUCUUAGCCUUCAAGAACUCAAACCUAACAAAUUAUACGGCAAAAUCAAUGCAGAGAACCUGCAAGGAAUUUUAGAAGAAAUAAUAAUCCGGCUUGAGAAAGAAGUGAGCUCAUUUAAAGUUCCGAAGCAUUCGGCACGCGAGUGGAAAGAUUGGUAGUAAACUUUAAAAAAAUGAUACUUCACUGAAAGUAAGUAAAUCUGUACUCUUGAAUCGCAAGGUUUUUUCAACAAAACGUUGACAAAGAAAUGACCGUAAGAGCUAUUGUUUUCAAGUUCCUGGGAGAACUGUAUAUUUCCGCGAGCAACUAAGGCAAAUUAUGGGAGUCGAUAGUUGAAAGUAAAAUUCCUAAAUUAUAUCAAACGAAUUGCAUAAAUGCAAAUAAAUAAUAUUUGUCUUUGUAUAUGGUAGAAAUGUUCCUUUUUGUUCUAGCCAGUUUACGGGUACCUCACUCAAAACAAUUGCGGCAAGCUAAAUGAUCUAAACUUAAUGAAACAUAACCAUUGUUAAAAGCCCCUAGCUUGCAAGAGGCAAGCAGUUCGUUCUUUGCAAGCAAGCCUGAGAAGUUAAACUUAGGAUUGCCGAGAACCGGAAUCGUGCUGGUGAUCUGAGGGGGUCUCGAGCGUGGGACAAUGGGAAGUGCUAGUCCAACAUGCUGACCACCUAGCACGCAGACACCCCCAACUACCCUUAAUGCCGUAAAUAUUACAUUCUCAAAACAAUUAGCCGAUGAGCAGCACAAAUAUAUCCCAAGUGAGCAGUCAAGUCGUGUAAUAAAGCAAAAGCGCACGUUUUAUGGCCUAUUUACAAGUGUAAACAACUUCGAACGGCUCUAUAAAAAUUUGAACAAGCAGUAAUAAUAUCUGUUCCAAUUUUAUCCGUUCGUUACCAAAAAGGAUCCACAUGCGCCCAUGCUCCGCUCACAGAAUAGAAGGCUUGAAAAUCAGAUGUGGCAUCACCAACAAAACAAGCAGUUAUCGCCUGUCCCAAAAAUAUGUCUAUAUUGAUGGCUAGACACUUGAGACGAUGAACCGGGAAAUGGGUAGACGCCUUUUUCUACUCCAAUGUCCUCCCCCCCCCUCCCCCAACUCCAACCGCGAGCACUCCUUAAAGAGCCCUAACUCUUUUCACCUUUUGUUUGCAAAUUAUGUUCCAGAAUCAAAACGAACGCUACGUGUUCUCUCCGGGGCGCUACAAUUUAUUUCGUGGACACAUUGUAAGAAAUUCUACAUGGAUCAAUGGUAUUUCAUUCUGACUUUACAGGGAGAAGUUGAUCCUUUUUUACUCCACAGGGCAUUAUAGAAAUAAUAAAGCCUACAAACAACGCACACAGCAAAGUUUCCUGAUGUUUAGUACAAUAACUUUGGAGAGAAUACACUCCAGAGGAACAGCAGGUGAUACCGCUGACAGAAUUCCAGUGCAAGAGUGAUGACGUAACACGCUUGGUAAAGAGAUUCUGCAACCUAUAGAAAGUAAUGGACCAAUGAAAAGUUCCAAGCUAAAAGAUCUAUCAAACGAACUAGGACGAGCCACCAUCCAUUAGAUGCAACACAAGUGCUUCAAAGUAGACUUCUCAAUUAAGAGAUCAGUACAGAGUUGCGUCAGUCUUCUAAAAUCGAUACCCAGUUCCAGACCGAAACCAUUUUUUUUGUGUGUAGUGCGGGAAGCCAGUUGUUUUGGUGUCAGUCGCAGGCUGACAGAUGAAAAGUCUCUGGCAAUCAAAGUAGACCAAACAGCCCAUAAAUAUGUAUGAAUAUUCGUGUAAUCAUUUUAUUUUUUAACCUAGGUCAUAAUCCAGGGGCGGUGCCUCGCAUGGGACGUUAGUCCCGUUGCACCCACCCCUUUUGGGUUUUUGCUUCUUUUUUUUGUGUGUGUGUGUGUGUGUGUGUGUGUUGUAUUACAAAUUUAUAUUGUAUUCACUAGAGGAGCACCCAAUAAAGCUGUAAAAAACAACGACAAAAAAUUACACCCUUCGACGUCGUCAAAACCUGUAUGGCUUAAACGCGGAAGCGCUCUAGUACUAGGUUUUAACUAACAACUUUAUAUAUUCAAUCAGUGAGAUAGGACAUCGGCAAAGAACGUCCCAAUACUGCUGUUGUUAUUCCCUGAUCUUUUUUCUCAGUAUUACUGAAUAAAAAAAGUCCUUGAUCUCCUGUCAAGUGAACUGGUGUGAAAGUAACUUUAAAUACCUUGCUUCAUCCCUGGCGUUUCUUAUAACAGACAAGAUUCCAGCCAUCAGCCACAGACAUGGACCCCAAUAAGUGGCUACAUAUGUGAGAGGGAUCGUAAUACAGGGUACGAAAUCCUCUAGCCCCACAUAGCCCGCAGAAAUAUCCACCGAGGACGGCUGUUUCAAGGGAAAAGUACAUCGCAUGGCCCAUCCACAAGGAACUGAGGGUAACGAUCUACGACUUCUCUUGGAGAAAAUGUAAUAAACAAUAAGAAAUAACAAAACAGCAAGAGUUCAUGAUGUAAUGAAAGAACUUGUCAAAUCUCAAAAGCAAGAUUAACUGAAUCAAUUUGCUUCACAAGCAACAGAGUUCGCGAAGGAGUCUUAUAAAUAAUUCAAACCUCACCCAUAAAAAAAAAACAAGAUGUUGAAGGGACACCAAAGUUAUAACAUUCCAAAAUCAAACAAGAAAGUGUUGCGCAUCAUUUCAGUUUGUUUGUGCGUUUAUUGAAAAAUUGCCACUUAACAUUGCUAGAUCAUAGUUUUUUUGCAAUUGCUUUGAUGUUGACCUUCAAAAAUGCAUCAAUUUAAUUACCUAGAGGAGUACUCAACAAAUGUUUAUAAGGGGAGGCUCCCUGGGCAUGGAGCUGAAUGACCUAUAUAACUUUUUAAAACGCUAUUUUUGCACAAAAUAUUAUAUCAAUGUCUGAAUUAAGACCGUUUGGUUGUAUAUAUAUUUUUUCAUGCUAGCAGAAAUGAUGUAUGAAGUCCACAAAGAGUUUGUAAAUGCUGCACGAAGGGAAACAAGUUCAUUGCUUAGAGCUAGAGGAUAUGAUGCCAUGACUACCCUCAGCUUUACAGGGAUCAGAAAAGAGAUCCAAACUCUAUGUCCCAAAUAAUUCAGUUUCCUCUCUCCGUAGUGCGGGUAGGAGAGGACCCUGGGAACGAGGUUAGCAAUAUCACGUGUCCCCGAGGCCUUGGGGAUCCUACGUUCCGCGUCAAAUUCGUUUUCGGUCCUUUGCAUUUUGAAUGUCAAUUUAAUCCCGGCCAUAAUUUGUUGAAAUAUUUCAGGGAAACAUAACAUAAACUUGAUCGUUUCAUGACCAUUCACGUAUUGCUUCCCUCCCUCUCCUUCCCGAAAGGGAUGGGAAGGAAAAAGUUGCAAGCAUUUUAACAAUUACGACCGGGACUGCAGUUUGAAACCAAAAAGAUGUUAGAUCUUGUUGCGGUGCCGGACUCGUUUUCAAUUUACUUCCAUGCGGGAGGUAAUAGCGGGGAGAAAUUGUGAUUUCCUGGAAUUGUGUGUAACUCUGAGAAAUGUUUAUAAUACUAGGGUGUAUUUUAAUUCUGAGAAACGCUCUCUCAAACGCUGAAUUAAUCAUGAGCUACUGUAUAAUAGCAGUCUGGUGGAAAUCAUCAAUAUUAAUCGUCCUCCUUCAGCGUUGUGAAAUUAAGUCUGCCAAACGUUUUUAGUAUUGGGUUAACUUUGUAAUCCGCCAAUGGCAGAUAAAGAAAGUAACGGUGAACGGCAAGAUUUUACACAACCAUGGAAAUUUAGCAAUGUCGUUCUCGUGGUUGAAGGUGAAAAAUUCCAUGUUCACCGAACUGUGCUUGCCUUGUACUCCCCCGUUUUCAAGGAGAAGUUUAUGUCCGACGAAUUUCAGAAAAAAGGGAAGAAAGAAAUUAUCCUUCCCGAUAAAUUUAAGGCUAACGAGGUGAAGGAGUUGCUUCGGAUUAUUUACUUAUACCGUACUGAAAAAGGGAUCCCGCUUGAUGAAAUAAACGAGGAAAAUUGUCACUACCUCUUAUGCCUCGCACAAAAACAUCAAAUGGAAGACAUUACUCAGAGAUGCGAAGAAUUCAUGUCAAAAUAAUGAAGGAAUCUUUUUCAGCGAAAAAGAAUCCGGAUAUCAUUGCAGAGCUGGUAUUUGCACAGACGUACAACUUAAAGACGCUAAAGCAAGUAAGCAUUGAGCUGGCCCAAAGUCUUACUCUUCAAGAGUUGAAAAAGCAAAAAGAUUACGAUAAAAUCAGUUCAGACAAUCUUCAGGAAAUUAUGGAAGGAAUGUCAAAUAAGUGAAGCACCUCAUCAGAUUUCUGGAGCAUCACAACUUUAAUUUUUCUUUUUAGGGGCCCCCAACGGGAAAUUUUGAGGAAAAGACCUAAAAACAACAACAAAGCAUGAUUAAAGUUUUCUGAAGUCAUUUUAAGCAUCUAGGGAGAUUGCUGGGGAAAAUUUUAUCUGCUCUUUAAUUUACUCCCAACAAGACUGAUGGAAGAGUUCCCAGCCAGUAUGGUGCACCUACAACCUGGAACCUGACUUACCGCGAAGUUUCCUAGCAGACUUAUCUCCAGAUAUUAGGGACCAGUUUGGUUGUGGCCAAAGGACAUGAUUCAGACCGUAAGUGGGAGGGGAGGGGGGUUUAGGAAAGAUCGGUGUGGCAAAAAGGGCGACAUUUUCGCUUUCAGUGAAGGAGGGGCGGAAUUUCUGACAAAAAUCUAUGUCACCUAUUCUAGACAUCAAUUCCCCUCAGACACCAACAAGUAUCUUUUUCCCAGCAAAACUUUCCGUCCCGGAACAUAUAAUUUCUUCUAAAUCUUCCAGCCAGCAAAAAUUGGCCUGAAGAACAGAUAUUUUGAGGAACAGAUCCAUUGGGUGUCCCUGUUUUUCAUUUGCAUGCACUUUACACUGACUAAAUAAAAUACCAGUUUUAGCCCGUGGGGGAGGUACUCAUGAGUGCCUUGAUCGCCACUUAUUUCACAGGGCGCCAAGACUCACAGCAGCCUACUGAAAGCCAAAUUAUAGGGAUUUGGAUAGGGAACCUACACUCUUAUUUGUAAACUGCACAUUGAUCAUUAAAUGGGAGAUAAACACUUACCUGUUCUGUUCUUGAAUCUGUUGCGGGGCGAAGUGAAAUGGAAGUGGGUAUAUAUAAGAAAUUGCUCGUUUAAGUGAAAAGACCAUUUCUAAUGCGCUCUUAGUGAAAUAAAACAAAGCAUUAAGCGAAAGUCUUGCUUCGAGUUGCUUUGAGGAACGUUCAUCCAUGACAGCCUUGUUUCACUUUGAAGCACUUUAUCAGAUCGCUGGAGCAUCACAACGUUAAUUUUUCUUUUUAGGGGCAUCCAACUGGAAAUUUUGAGAAAAAGACCUAAAAACAACAACAAAGCAUGAAUAAGCAUUUUGGGAGAUUGCUUGGGCAAAUUUUAUCUGUUCCUCACUCCCAACAAGACUGAUGGAAGAGUUCCCAGCCAGCAUGCAUGGUGCACCUACAACCUGCAACCUGACUUACUGGGAAGUUUCCCAGCAGAAGUAUCUCCAGACAUUACUGGCCAGUUUGGUUGUGGCCAAAGGACAUAAUUCAGACCUUAAGUGGGAGGGGAGUGCGGUUUAGGAAAGAUCGGUGUGGCGAAAAGGGCGAUUUUUUCGCUUUCAGUGAAGGGGGCGGGGGCGGAAUUUCUGACAAAAAUCUGUCACAUAUUCUAGACAUCAAUUCCCCUCAGACACCGACAAGUAUCUUUUUCCCAGCAAAACUUUCCGUCCCGGAACAUAUAAUUUCUUCAAAAUCUUCCAGCCAGCAAAAAUUGGCCUGAAGAACAGAUAUUUUGAGGAACAGAUCCAUUGGGUGUCCCUGUUUUUCAUUUGCAUGCACUUUACACUGAAUAAAUAAAAUACCAGUUUUAGCCCGUGGGGGAGGUCCUCAUGGGUGACGUGAUCGCCACUUUGUUCACAGGGCGCCAAGACUCACAGCAGCCUACUGAAAGCCAAAUUAUAGGGAUUUGUAUAGGGAACCUACACUCUUAUUUGUAAACUGCACAUUGAUCAUUAAAUGGGAGAUGAAAAAUUACCUGUUCUGUUCUUGAAUCUGUUGCGGGGCAAAGUGAAAUGGAGUGGGUAUUUAUAAGAAAUUGUUCGUUUAAGUGAAAAGAACAAUUUCUAAUGAAUACCCGCUUGCCGUCUUAGUUAAAUAAAACAAAGCAUUAAGCGAAAGUCUUGCUUCGAGUUGCUUCGAGGAACGUUCAUCCAUGACAGCCUUUAGACACUAAUCGCCUUUCUUUCGAUUAUUACUCUUUUCCAUAAUUCGUGCCUUUUUAUAAUUUAUUUAUCUUUGCCGUAAAAAUUGUUGUUUUGCCAUAUCUUGAAAUUUUAAUUUUGCUGUCAACCACGUGACGUCAUUUUCCCGCCGAAAAACGUUAAAAUCGAAAAACAAAAAAAUAUAGGAUUUUUGGAAUACAAAGUUCUACCAUCCUGCAAAGUUUGAGCUCAAACGAAUAAAAAGGCAAAAGUAGUUCCUACCCCAUAAUAUUUUGCGUCCUAUACGCCCACCGUGGUUAUGUGUGACGACUCGUUUUCAAUUUACUUCCAGGAGGUAAUAACGGAGAAAUUGUGAUUUCCUGGAAUUUGUGUGCAACUCUGAGAAAUGUUUAUAAUACUGGGAUGUAUUUUUUUAAUUCUGAGAAACGCUCCUUUAAACGCUGAAUUAAUCAUGAGCUACUGUAUAAUAACCGUCUGGUGGAAAUCAUCAAUAUUAAUCGUCCUCCUUCAGCGUUGUGAUAUUAAGUCUGCCAAAAGUUUUUAGCAUUGGGUUAACUUUUAAUCCACCAAUGGCAGAUAAAGAAAGUAACCGUGAACCUCAAGAUUUUACACAACCAUGGAAAUCUAGCGAUGUCGUUCUCGUGGUCGAAGGUGAAAAACUCCAUGUUCACCGAGCUGUGCUUACCUUGUGCUCCCCCGUUUUUGAGACGAUGUUUACGUCCGAAUUUCAGGAAAAAGAGAAGAAAGAAAUUUCCCUUCCCCACAAAAAGGUUAAAGAAGUGAAGGAGUUGCUUCAGGUUAUUUACCCUACUAUAGAAAGGAAGCCACCCGAUGAAAUAAAAGAGGAAAAUUGCCACUACCUCUUAAGCCUCGCACAUGAAUAUCAAAUGGCAGGCAUUACUCAGAGAUGCGAAAACUUCAUUGUCAAAACAAUGAAGGAAUCUUUUUCAACGAAAAAGGAUCCGGAUAACAUCGCAGAGCUGGUAUUUGCACAGACGUACAACUUAAAGAAGCUAAAGCAGGCAAGCAUUGAACUGGCUUAA